AUGAACCCGCGCCCCUCCAAAUCCCCCUCUCCGCCGCACAUUCCCCACCAGAACCCACACUGGAUCCAUAGUCUCACUCUCGACCUCAUCCUCCGCGUCCUGCACAGAUCGAUCUUCCACCCUUUCAUAGCCUGGCUCAUCCCUCUCUGCCUCCGUGCCCAAGCAACUCCGUACUCUCACACCUCCUUCAGAGUGACAACGGCUUAUGCUACACUCCUGUCGCUGCUGCUGCUGCUGAAUGUGGUGAGUAAGCGUCUCACAUAUGGGCCGCCGAGGGAGGUGUCGUUGGAGGAUGAGGUUGUGGUUGUGACGGGGGGUGCGAGUGGGUUGGGCCUGUUGGUUGCGGAGAUCUACGGGAUGAGGGGGGUGGGUGUGGCGGUGUUGGAUGUGCGGGAUAUUGGGACGGAGGAUCAAAGGGAUGGGAGCGAGAAGGCAGUGGAAGAGUGGGAGGAGAUUCAUAGCGUUAGGUAUUUUAAGUGUGAUGUGGGUAAUUUGGUGGAGGUGGAGAGGGUUCGGGAAAGGAUUGAGAAGGAGCUUGGAACGCCGACGAUUCUCAUAAACUGCAUCGCUGGCCCCAUCAACGGCGCGCCGAUAACAUCCCUCUCCCCCGCCGCCAUCUCCUCCACCAUUCACGCAAAUCUAUUCUCUUACUUCAACACCCUUCAGCAAUUCCUCCCCGGAAUACUGUCUUCUCCAACCGGCGGUACAAUCGUCACUCUGGGUUCCGUCUGUAGCAGCCUUACCCCAGCUGGCCUCUCGGACUACACAGCAACGAAGGCAGCUAUCGGUGCUGUGCACAAGACCGUGGAGGCUGAGCUGCGCGUCACAGGCGACUACGAGCGGGUGAAAAUGCUCCUAGUUGAGACGGGCCAGAUGGCCACGCCUCUCUUUGAGGAUGUGAAGACUCCGAAUAAUUUCUUCGCCCCUGUCCUGGAACCUGUGCAGGUUGCGCGGGAGAUUGUCGCGAUGGUGGAUAGUGGGAACGGUGGGGUUAUUAGGUUGCCAGCUUAUGCGACGCUGGUAAGUUGGUAUGCGGUGCUCCCGGUGGCUAUUCAGCGGCUGGCGAGGUAUUUGAGUGGAAUUGAUAAAGCGGUGGGCGAAAAGGCCAUAACGUCAUCUAUGUCGGUCCUAUCAGAGAAGGAGAAGGAGACAAAAGGAUAA